AUGAAGCUUUUCAGUUAUAGAGCUUUUUCGCUGGUAUGGUUUCUUGUUUUCAUGGUAGCAUUGGUAGUAGUGGCACAAGUGGAUAGCACUUCAUGCACAAGCACAUUCUUCUCGGCGCUUGUGCAGCUGAUUCCUUGCAGGGCAGCAGUUGCUCCGUUCAGCCCAAUUCCACCAAGCGAGUCGUGCUGCAAUGCCCUUAGAGCUCUUGGCCAACCAUGCUUGUGUGUUCUUGUCAAUGGUCCUCCAAUUUCAGGUGUUGACCGUAACAUGGCCUCGCAGCUACCAGAGAAGUGUACUACAAACUUUGAACCAUGUGUCAUUAUAUGA